AUGGAGCACCAGGCAGUGGUGAGUGUGCAGCAGCUGUCAGAGGCGGCUUUGCCGCUUGUGCGCCUCGCCCUGGCUCUGCCAGAUCUCACCGGUCCAGCGCCUCACCCCCGAACCCGGACGCAUGCGCAGAGUCCGCAGCAGCAGCGCUGCCAGCGGCCUCAAGGGAAUAGCCAGCACGACGUGUCUCUGGGGUCCGACAACCAGGCCGAUGCCGCUUCACCAAGCGGCAGGCGUCUUCCGGUGGCACCCUUCGAGCCAGAAGACGGCGGCGGCUUCCCGCAACAGCAUGGCCUGAGGCCAGGCGCCCCCAGCAGCAGCGGCCGAGUCAGCGCGCGGCAGCUGGCGCAGCUGUGCGCGGUGUAUGGCGCCAUUGCAGCGCACAUAUUCGUGAUGGCCUACACAGACCCCCUGCAGGACCCCAGUUUUGUGAUGCUGCUGCUGAUGUUCAC